AUGGUUUGGGUUCAUUACCCAGUAUUAAGUUUGGAGUAUUGGGAUGAAGAAACAUUAUUCAAAUUAAGCAGAGCUCUUGGAAAUCCAGUGAAAGUUGAUGAUGCAACAUUGAACUAUCAGAGUGGGCACUAUGCAAGAGUUUUGGUGGAAAUCGAUUUAUCAAAAAAAAUUCCAAAUAAACUAUGGAUUAUUACUAAGUAUGGAUGCUUCUCUCAAAGUAUUACUCUAACUAAUUUACCUAAAUUCUGCUGGAAGUGCAAAAUUGUUGGUCAUCAUAAUUUUGAAUGUAAAGCUAAGAACUCAACAGAAGUACAUGAAGAUAAAGAGAGUGAUUCUUAUAACGGUAAACAACAAGAAGUUACUCAGACACCUAAGGCUCUUGAGAAGCCAUUUGAUAUUUGUCAAAAUCCAGAACCAGUUCAGGUUCCACAUAUUGAUGUUCAGUAUCCUAAUACAGUUGUGAAACCAAUUGAAAUAUGUCAAACUCCAAAAACAGUUCAAGUACCAAAUGUUGUUCUUAAUUCAACUGGUUCUAUACAUAUAUCAAAAGGAAAAUUCAGUCCAUUGCAAGAGGAUAAUGAAGCUGAAGAAGCAGAGUUGAGUCCUUCUAAAAUACUCAAAGUAGUAGAAGAUAAUGCUAUAGAUAAUAGUGAGGUUAAAUAUAUUAAUGACAUCAAUGGCACUGUGUCAGCUGAGAAAGUUCCAACUACUUCAUGGUCAAGAGUAGUUCAAAGACCUUCAUCUACAAAAUCCCCAACUCCAGCUAGCAAUGUUGGAGCUACAAAAGAGGAAUGCAAAGUAUGGUUAUUCACAAUUAAAUCUCAAAUAAAAAAGGAAAUAUAUGGUUAUUUUGGAACAGUAGUUUCAAUGUCUAGUCAAAUGAUUACAGUGGAUAUUGGAGGUACCUUAAUCUCUGGAGUACACGCUCAUGGUGGUUUAGUUCAAAGAAGAUUGUUGUGGUAUGAGAUGGAAGCAAUUAGUGAAUUGAAAUUUCCAUGGUUAAUUAUUGGGGAUUUUAAUGCUCUUACUUCAGUAGAAGAGAAGAUUGGAGGUAAAAGUCCAAAUAGAAGAUCAAUGACAGACUUUAAUGAAUGGUUAAAUCAUUGUGAAUUGCUGCAAGCUCCAAGAACAGGCACUCAAUUCUCUUGGUCAAACUGUCGGCAUGAAAGCAAAAGAAUUUUAUGUAAUCUUGAUAGGGCUAUGUUUAAUAAUCUUUGGCUUCAAAAAUUUCCUGAUUGGGGUUAUAAGUGGAUCAAUGCUCGUCAGAAUAUAUCAGUGGUGAUCCUGCGUGUCUUUCAAAGUAAGUUAAAAAAACUUAAAAAGAUUCUUCAAGAUUUGAACUGGAGGGUGUUUGGUGAUGUCAAUGUGCAAAUAAAGAAUGCUGAAUUACAGGUUCAAGAAGCUAUGAAAAAUUUAGAUAAUAAUCCUUCUGAUCCUAAGGCCUUGAAUAAGUUAGUUGAAGCUCAAAAUGAAUACAAUUCCAGAGAAGUGCAGCUUAAUACUCUUUUAAAGCAGAAAUCCAGAAUAAGAUGGGUAAAGGAAGGAGCUGCCAAUACCAACUUUUUUCACACUAAUCUCAAAAUAAAGCAGGCCAGAAACAACAUCAGUGAAAUAGUUGAUGAGCAUGGUGAGGUUAUAUCUGAUCAAAAGAAAGUAGUUGAAGUCCUGGUUAAUAAUUACAAGAAGAAAUUUGAAUUCAAACAAAAUGAAGAUGUGGAUUCUUUACUUGAAGUCAUACCAAAAGUUAUAUCUCUUGAAGAUCAAAACAUGCUGGAUAAAAUCCCAUAUGAAUAA